ACAAGUCACACACAGAAGUAGGGUUUCACGUAGUUGUCGUCUCCGAAGAAGAGCAUCGCAACCCUAACCAGAAGCAGCGCCGCGCAACCCUAAUCGAGUGACAGCAACCAUGGGUCGUAUGCACAGCCGGGGUAAGGGUAUAUCCUCUUCUGCUUUGCCAUACAAGAGGACACCUCCAAGUUGGCUCAAGAUCUCUUCGCAAGAUGUUGAAGAAAAUAUUUGCAAGUUCGCGAAAAAGGGUUUGACGCCAUCGCAGAUUGGUGUCAUUCUUCGAGACUCUCACGGUAUUGCUCAGGUGAAGAGCGUCACCGGCAGCAAAAUCCUGCGGAUCCUCAAAGCUCACGGUCUUGCGCCUGAAAUUCCGGAGGAUCUGUACCAUUUGAUCAAGAAGGCAGUUUCAAUUAGGAAGCAUCUGGAGAGGAAUAGAAAGGACAAGGACUCCAAGUUCAGAUUGAUUCUUGUGGAGAGCAGAAUCCACCGUCUUGCUCGCUAUUACAAGAAGACUAAGAAGCUCCCACCAGUUUGGAAGUAUGAAUCAACAACCGCCAGCACUCUUGUUGCUUAGAGAAUGUAUCGACUUUCAUGUGUUUGUUGGGUUGCAGUCGCUGCCGGAUUAGCAAUUUGCCAUAUCAUUUUGGAGUUUAUUUGGAGUCUAGAUAGGUAAUGCAGUGUCUUAGUUUUUUUAUAAGAACCUAUGGUUAGACCGAAAAGGAUACUUGAACUAGUUAAUUUAUCAAUGUGGUGUUCUUUUUUCUAUUUAAGUGUUGGAGAACCGGCUGUUGUCAUUUGAAGACAUGGCUGACUGCAGUUUUUGAUUUUAAUUUUAAGUAAUAUAUGUUAAAAAAUUUUGCAGGAUCA